UGUGGUGUAUGUGGGAUGCUGCUGUGGCUCUGCCCUCAGAACAAUACAGUGCAACCCUGUGUAACAACAAUAUGGAUAGUAUCCGCCGUAAUUGCCCUGUUUUAUAGCACAUUUUAUUUUAUUUGACGCGGAAAAAAAUGUGGAUACCGACUGAACAUGAAAAAUAUGGCGUUGUGCUGGCAAAUUUUCGAGGAAUGGUUCAGCAUGGACUCCCGCUGGAGAUCGGCGACACAGUGCAGAUUUUGGAGAAAUGUGAAGGAUGGUACAGAGGAUUCAUCACAAAGAAUCCAAAUGUAAAGGGAAUAUUCCCAAGCUCCUAUAUUCACCUCAAGAAUGCCCACGUCAAGAACAAAGGGCAGUUUGAGACCGUCAUACCCACAGAGGACUCGGUCAUUACAGAGAUAACUAUGACCUUGAGAGACUGGGGCACCAUGUGGAAGCAGCUCUACAUGAGAAAUGAAGGGGAUCUCUUUCACAGACUGUGGCAUGUGAUGAAUGAGAUAUUGGAGCUGCGGCAGCAGGUUCUAGUGGGUCACCUCACUCACGACCGCUUGAGUGACAUCAAACAGCACAUCACGGCACGGCUGGACUGGGGAAAUGAGCAGCUGGGUUUGGAUCUGGUCCCCAGGAGGGACUUCGGCAUGGUGGACCCUGAUGAGAUCAGCAUCACAGAGCUGUAUCGGCUGAUGGAGAGACGUCAUCGGAGACGAGAGGCUCCCCCGCAGGCCAGUAUGCACCACCUGUUCCUUCAGAUGAAGAGCAUGAUGAGCUCAAACCUGGGGGAGGAGUUGGAAGUCUUCUUCUCUGUCUAUGACAGCAGGGAAAUGCGUCCAAUCAGUGAGAGGUUCUUUGUGCGCCUCAAUAAGCAAGGGCUACCUAAGUCUCCAGAGAAGACCGAGAGGCAGUGUACACUCUUUGUUGAUUUGGGAAGUAGCGAUCUUCGCAAAGAUGUGUAUGUUGUAGCUCAUAUUUUUAGAAUAGGGCGAAUGGUUGCAGGAGAGAAGAAGAGUGUGAGUAACACACAGUACAAACGUCCAUAUGGAUGUGCCGUGAUUAGUGUGGCCGACCUGUUAACGGCUGACUUCAAGGAUGAUCACUUGCUAAAGAUCUACUCAUGUAACACAGAGAGUGAGUGGUACCAAAUCCAUGACAGUAUUAUCAGGAAAGUCAGCUCACGGUACAGCCAUAUUGGUUCAAAUACAGGCCUUAAUGUGUCUCUUCAGCUCUUACACGGAGAUAUGGAGCAGAUCCGUAAGGAUUAUAUGCGUCUUUUCACCCGCAACGUCUCUAUUACGAAGAGGCUGGGUUUCUCCGAUAUCAUCAUUCCAGGUGAAAUAAGAAAUGAUCUGUAUGUGACCCUUGAGAGGGGCGAAUUUGAGAAGGGUGGAAAAAGUGUGGCACGUAAUGUGGAAGUCACCGUCUAUCUGCUAGGACGUGAUGGGCAGCUGCUGAAGGGUCUGGUGUGUUGCGGCUCCGGGGAGCCAGGAGUAGAUGAGCACCGCUCUUUUGUCCUGUAUCACAGUAACAGCCCUCGCUGGGCCGAACAGAUCAAACUGCCCAUCCCUCUGGAGAUGUUUCACGGCACACACUUGCGCUUCGAGCUCAGGCACUGCUCCACAAAGGAAAAAGGUGAGAAGAAGCUUUUUGGCUUCUCUUUUGUCCCUCUGAUGCAGGACAAUGGGAGACCACUGCCUGAUGGGACACAUGAGCUCAUUGUACACAAGUGUGAAGAGACAGCUGAUCUUCAGGAUCCUGCUCGAUACCUCAAACUGCCAUUUUCCAAAGCCAGUCUCCAGCCGGCCAACAACCAGACAAUAAAGAACAGCAAAGAAUCCUUCUGGAUCCAGUCAUCUCUCUGCUCCACUAAACUUACUCAGAAUGGUGACAUGUUGGACCUGCUGAAAUGGAGAGUCCAUCUGGACAGAAUCAUUGACUGCCUCUCCAAACUCAAGGACAUUGAUGGCACUGAAAUUGUUAAGUUUUUACAGGACACUCUGGACACCUUGUUUGGGAUUUUAGACGAGAGUCCCCAGCGCUAUGGACUAAAGGUGUUUGACUGCCUGGUUCACGUUAUAAAUCUGCUGCAGGACAGCAAAUUCCAGCUCUUCAAGCCCGUAAUGGACAACUACAUUGAGAACCACUUUGCUGGUGCCCUGUCCUACAGGGAUCUGAUCCGUGUGUUGAAAUGGUAUGUGGAUCGUAUCAUUGAUGCCGAGCACCAGGAACAGAUCCAGCAGGUUUUGAAGGCGUCAGAGUACUUGUUUAAGUACAUUGUGCAGUCACGGCGUCUGUACGCAGCGGCCACCGGAGGCCAGAACGAGGAGGAAUUCCGCUGCUCUGUUCAUGAGCUCUUCAAAUCCAUCCACCUGUUCCUGUCUCAUGAGAGUAAGGGCAUCAGUCCCAUCACACACACACAGGCCGUGUUCCUGAGAUCGUUCCCGACUGUGUGCUGCGAGCUGCUAAAGAUCUUCAGCAUGAGAGAGGUGGCAAAUCUGGCCCGUGACACGCUGAGCAGCCUGCCUGCCCUCACGCACAAUGACUGCCCCCUACAGGCCGUCAAACUGCAGUGCAUGGCCAAGACCGUGGAGAGUCCACUUUAUGUCAACCCGGAGUCGAGGUGUGUGUUGUUACCUGUAGUUCUGCGUCUGCUGCACACACACCUGCAGGAGCAGAGGGAGCUGGUUCUGUGUGCCAACAUCCUCACCAGCAUGCUGACACUCAACACACCCGCCACGGAGUGUGGAGUGUCCGAGGAGGUGAAUCUGGUCAUGGAGAGUCUGUCUGGAGUCUUACUUAGAACUAUACUGGAAGUGACCAACCGGCCUCAGCCUGCUGCCUCCUCUCUGCGCCUGCAGUACCAGGACGUUACAGGUGAAUUUGUUGCGUGUUUGCUCGCGCUGCUGCGGCAGCUAAAAGAUAAAGAAUACCAACAGCUUCUCAGCAGAUUUCCCACUAAAGAUGAACUAACGAGUUUCCUCCUGCAGUUAUUCACCGUCUUCAGAAUACUUAUCCGACAGGAUAUGUUCCCAAAAGACUGGACUGUCAUGCGACUGGUCGCUAAUAACGUCAUUAUUACCACCAUUUUGUAUCUCUCUGAUACUCUGCGCAACAACUUCCUUAAUGAGAAAUUCGACUUCAAGGUAUGGGAGUCCUAUUUUUAUCUCUGUAUAAUAUUCAUCAACCAGCCUUGCCUCCAACUGGAAAUGUUCCCGCCCUCUAAGAGGAAAAAAGUCCUGGAGAAGUACGGUGACAUGAGAGUGAUGAUCGGAUGUGAGAUUUUCAGCAUGUGGCAGCAUUUGGGUGACUAUAAGUUAAAUCUCAUUCCCACCCUAAUUGGCCCGUUCAUGGAGGUGACUCUGGUACCACAGAUGGAUCUGCGGAACGUCCUCAUUCCCAUUUUUCAUGAUAUGAUGGACUGCGAACAGCGACGGAGCGGCAACUUCAAACAGGUGGAGGCCAAACUAAUAGACAAACUAGAAGGUCUGAUGUCAGAGGGCAAAGGAGAUGAGACUUACAGAGAGCUCUUUAACAACAUAAUUCCGUUGUUUGGUCCAUAUCCGAGUCUGCUGAAGAAGAUCGAGAGAGAGACCUGGAGAGAAAGUGGCGUUUCCCACAUCGCUACAGUCACACGGCUAAUGGAAAGAUUACUAGAUUACAGGGACUGCAUGAAGAUCGGAGAGGUUGAUGGGAAAACGAUGGGAUGUACAGUCAACCUUCUGAACUUCUACAAAACUGAGUUGAAUAAAGAAGAAAUGUACAUCCGAUAUAUUCACAAGCUCUAUGAGCUGCACCUGAAGGCACAAAAUUACACCGAGGCGUCGUACACCCUCCUGCUGUACGACGAGCUGUUGGAGUGGACCGAAAGGCCUCUCCGAGAGUUUCUCACGUACCCCAUGCAGAGUGAGUGGCAGAGGAAGGAAUGCCUCCAUCUCACCAUCAUACACAACUUUGACAGAGGGAAAUGCUGGGAAAACUGCAUCAUACUGUGUCGCGAACUGGCCAAUCAGUACGAAGCGUAUUAUGACUACAGGAACCUCAGCAAAAUGAGGAUGAUGGAAGCUUCGUUUUAUGACAAAAUAAUGAACCAGCAGCGUCUCGAGCCGGAGUUCUUCAGAGUCGGGUUCUACGGCAAGAAGUUCCCCUUCUUUUUAAGGAAUAAAGAGUUUGUGUGUCGAGGGAAUGAUUACGAGCGUCUGGAAGCCUUUCAGCAGCGGAUGCUCAGCGAGUUUCCUCACGCUAUCGCAAUGCAGCAUGCCAACCUGCCUGACCAGACCAUCCACCAAGCGGACGCACAGUAUCUGCAGAUCUAUGCCGUUAGUCCUGUCCCUGAAAACCAGGACGUCCUGCAGAGAGACGGAGUGCCCAACAACAUCAAGAGCUUCUACAAAGUCAACCAUAUUUGGAGGUUUCGCUAUGACAGGCCUUUUCACAAGGGCACCAAAGACAAAGAGAAUGAGUUUAAGAGCCUGUGGGUUGAACGGACCACACUGACCCUCGCUCAGAGUUUACCUGGCAUUUCACGCUGGUUUGAGGUUGAGAAAAGGGAACUGGUGGAGAUGAGUCCCUUGGAGAACGCCAGUGAGGUGAUUGAAAAUAAGACGCUGCAGUUGAGAACGCUGAUCGCCCAGUGUCAGAUGAGGCAGAUGCUGAACAUCAACCCUCUCACCAUGUGCCUGAACGGAGUCAUCGACGCCGCUGUCAACGGAGGCCUGGCUCGAUACCAGGAGGCAUUCUUUGCGAAAGAUUACAUCGCAAAUCAUCCAGAGGACGGAGAGAAAAUUACUCGUCUUAGGGAACUGAUGUUUGAACAGGCCCAUAUUCUGGAAUUUGGUUUAGCCGUCCAUGAGAAGUUCGUCCCACAGGAUAUGAGGCCUUUACAUAAAAAACUUGUUGACCAAUUUCAUGUAAUGCGCUCCAGUCUGGGAAUACAACCACAAGAGUUUCCGGCUUAUGUGCGAGUUAGUCCGCUGCAUUUUGCCAAUGGCAGUCCGCGCACAUGCAGGACCCCCGUACCUAAUGCCAUCAGCCCAGAGGGAGGCCGAAUCGUGGCGAGACGCAGUCCCCUCAGCUAUCCAGCCGUCAACCGAUACUCCUCAUCCUCACUGUCAUCACAGGCCUCAAACGAAGUGAGCAACAUCACCGGCCAAUCAGAGAGCUCGGAUGAGGUCUUCAACAUGCAACCCAGUCCAUCUACCUCAAGUCUCAGCUCAAAUCACUCUGGCUCACACAAUGUGAACAGCUCUGCACCCUCCAGCAAUAGAGCUUCACCACUGCCGUCUGACAAGCACAAGCACUCCAGAGAGAAUGCCUGCCUUUCUCCGCGGGACAGACUCUGCAGCGGCAUUUUCCCCAGCCCGCUGGACCCCACGCAGAGGAUGAUUCCGUUCCAAAUACCAGUGGAUUCACCAUUACGGUGUGAAGCCAAUCUCCCCACACCUGAGACAGGAUCUCUGUGCAAGAACGUGAGGUCACUGUCUCCCAUGCCAACCGCCCGCUCCCCUCAGAAGUCAAUGGUGCCGCCCCUCACGCCCUCUCCGACCGAUGGCUUGCCAAUGGGGAGUCUGGCAUCUCACUCCCCUGCCCGCUCCGGCAGCUACAGCAGCGGUAUCUCAUCCCUCAGCCGCUGCAGCGUCUCUGAAACGUGUGGGAUCGACCUCCCGCCGCCCGACCCUCCUCUGCCCCCUGCCAUUCCCACAGACAUGCCCAUUCGCCGGGGCAGCAAGACUCCUCCACCCUACAGCGUCUACGAACGGAACAAUCCCCGGCGAGCGACGCCACUGCCUCACAGUCUAUCAGUGCCGCCCAGUACUGACAACCCCAGCCUGACCGCAAAACCCCAACUGAACCGCACACAGCGAAUUAAUUCAGAACCCCGCCACCGGCCCACCCCCAGGAAGGUCUCUCAGCUGUAGUGUGUCUGCGGUAACUGGAAACUGGGACUGUUUUUUUUUUGCAGUUGUUUGCUGUAAAAUUACUGUAGGUUGUGUAUCAUAAUUGGGAAUGUUUUCAAAUGCAAGAAGGUGCAUUUAUGUGAAGGAUUGGGAGUGGCAUAUUCAUAAAUAAAUCUAUUAAAUAAGAUUGUCAAUGAAUAAAUAAGUCUAUGUCAAUACAUACAAAAAUAUGUUAAUAAAUGCAUCAAAGUCCAAUGCAAAAAAAUUAGCUAUUUAUUGACACAUGUUAUAUGACACAAAUUAUCUUUUAAAUAAGUGUCAAUAAAUAAAUGUUAAGUACGGAAGAGGAUUAGGGCCAAGCAAUAA